UUCAUCUUUCUUCUCUUUGAUUGGGAUUUUACUGACUUUAACUUGAGGCUUGAAGUGGCCUCAGUCGGUUGUGGGUGUCAAACAAAAGGCUGCCUGCCUUCCUUCAUAGGCUCCACCAACAGCUGUCCAAGUGAGACUGCAUAGCGGACCGCAGGCCAGACAGAGGAGGGGAAUGGGUCCGAGUCCGACGGCGGUGAGUUCAGCAGCUGAAGCCUACAGUCGAUGCCUCUCCGCUGCGGGUGUCCAGAGAGUGCGUCAAGCUUUCGUCGGAUUAAUUUAGCGUCCAUUCGUUGGGAAGAAGGAUGUCUUUGCAGGAGCUACCAGGCUCCUUUGGAGUCAUGUUCCCAGCUUUCUCUCUGCCCAUGAAAGCAGAGCGCAGUCGGAAUAAGGAGCGGCUGGAGGCCAGUCUGGCCGGCUUGUGUGAGCUGGAGCUCCUCAAACAGAGGCAGGAAUGUCGGGUGCUGAGCGCUCUCUGCCUCGGGGACUCUCCGGUUCCAGGGCGUCCGCCUUGGGGGUCUCUGCGGUCGGCACGUUGCGCCCUGGACGCACCAAAAGGCAACGCGUCGGAGGACUUCAACCGACGGCUCCAGGCUAGCGGUCUGCAGUGUUCACCGCGGGGUGUGAAGGUGUCUUUAGAGGAGCAGGUAGCAGAGCUGAAGGUCAAAUCAGCCGAAUCUGCAACUGAUCUGGAGGAAAGUCAACUCAGCUCAGAUGUCCUGGUCGCCAAGCAAAUGAGAUUCCCUGGGUCAAACCACUACCCUGUGGUCCCUCGUUCCCUCUCGGCCCCUGAGGGGACUGGAGAGACUGGAGAGGCAGGAGAAACAUGGCUGUCAGACCCAAUGAGACGGGCCACGGUUACUGAAGUUUUGGGGGAGAUGAGGGAAGUUGAACCCAGUCAGGAAGAUUAUCAACAAGCUCAAAAGGUAGAGACUUAUAUAUUUGGUUUGAUCCAGCGCAGAGCCCUACCAACACGCCCCUCGAAGCCCCGCACCAGCCUGGCACAUGAUGCCCGAGCUGUCAGUGUGGUGAGGCAGAGUAGUUUGUGCCGCAAGGAGGAGCAACAUCCACCGAAGCAGGCGUCUGUUCAAGAGAUCUCCAGCCCGUCCCAGUGUCCAGAGGGAACUGCUCCACAGGCGUGCCAUAACAUUGAUCAGGAGCACUACCACGGGACAGGGUUUCCUGAAGAUGCACCACCACCGUACCACCACCAUCUCCAGCAAAGUGUCCCGCAUCAACCAGUGGUUUAUCACAGGCCCAGGCAGGCCCCCAUGAUUAACACCUCUCGCUCAACCUUGCUGGACUAUCCAUCUUUCAGAGUUCUGCAACCCCAACCAGACUCCAGCAAUAGCGAGCCUGAUUCACCCCAACAUUUCCACAACUACCCUUCCCCUCAGGCUGCGUCGAAGCCUCACCAGCAGCCUUCACCUGAUGAGCAGCUGGUCAACGCAGAGUAUAUUCCAGCACAGCCUUGCCGAGCCUCCACCAGAGCUUACGCUCAUCAGCACUCCAAUCCUCACAAGGGCUCUGGAGUGCCCAAACCCAACCGGAGCACAUAUUCUCCAGAAAGAGGCCACCACCAUCAUCAUCAAUCACAGCAGCCCACAGCAUCUCAGAUCCAACCCUCCAGGUCCCGAGGGGGCCAAAAGAAGUGUCGUUCAAAUGAAGACAAGAAUGGUGCCAGCAGGAAACCUGGAAAGAAGGCAUGUAGGUCUCAGUCAGAGAACAGCCUGCAAAGGGUUCCUGAGCGCAAGUACAAUACAGUAGAGAGAGAUGGUGGAGGAAGUGGAAGUGGUGGAAGGGGAAGUCGUAGUAGUCAAUCCAAAAGCAAGAAACAACAGCAAGGAGGCGGCAGCUAUCGACGCUGGCAGUCCACCCUGGAGCUCAGCCAAGACGAGGCUGACCAGCCAGCCGUGCAGGCACCCGUGCAGGCACCCAUGCAAGGCUCCUCAUCCUCAAACCAAAAAGACCAUUGUGGAAGGCGCACACGCAAAUCCCGCCCGACACAUACAUCGUACGCUUACCCACACCACCACCAACACCACCACCACUCCCACCUUCAUCAGCACAUGGAGUACCAGUUAGAGGGGGACCAGGUGCCACUGUGUCAGCCCAGUGAGGACUACCCUCACCCAGGUCAGGGUGAGUCUGAGUCAAGCAUGAGCGAGGCUGACUCUCCAGAUUCCAGCUCUUUGUCCAGUGACUCAGAUGAGAGCGGUGGUUUGGUCUGGCCUCAACAACUACCCCCUCAGCUGUCCCUCCCAUCACCUCCUGCCCCAUCUGGAGCACCUCUGCAGCCCAAGGCCUUUGUCAAGAUUAAGGCCUCGCAUGCCCUCAAGAAGAAGAUCCUACGCUUCCGCACUGGUUCACUGAAAGUAAUGACCACUGUGUAAAGUGGAACACUUAGGGGUGAGCUGCAGAGCUUUGGACUAUGUAAAAUAAUGGACGACCAACAGUAAAUAUAAAAAUAAGUGUGUGCAUGAUCUGGACUGAUUGGAUAGUUUUAGAUCAGCAAGCAUUGAAGGAAAUGACUUCCACCACAUCAGCCUUUUUGUUUUUAAAAAUGUUACUUAAGUUUUAUAUGGAUGACUCUAAUUUGGCCACAUUGGCCGCUAAAUAUCUCCUCCUACCCACAUGCACACACCCGUUCAUACAGUAUACGGUAUCAUAGUCCAUGCUGACAUCGUCUUUGGGGUCAUGCCAGGCACAGAUUAAUCCUCAAUAUACUCACCAUUGUAAGAGGCGAUGAGUCUCGAAUUAUCUUAAACUUUUCUUACUUUUUUUUUUGUGUGGCUUGUUCGUACAAGUCAGAUUCACCAAACUGUCUUAACUGCACACCUUUAGUGCAGUUAAUCAUUUGGGAGAUUUGCAUAACCAACUCUUUAUACCUGUUCUGCACAUUGGACGCUUAUUGUUGAUAAUAUAAUAGUCAACAAUGUUGAGACAGGUCACGGUUUCCUUAUAUCUGGACUGUGAAAUUCUCUUUUGUUGCUAAAAUGAUUGCAUACCUGUUGUUAUUAUUAAGAUGUUACGACAAGCAACCAAACGUUAGUGCUUCAUACAUGUUUAUUUCAAACACACGACUAUUAAAUAUAUUGUCUGACAGGACACACGAGCUUGAGACAUUUCUGCCUUGAAUUGAUGGUUGAGGUUGUAAAUCUCAAUCUGUAUAAAGAACUCUGUGAAUCUUCGACAUUUUACUGUAGCAACAGUCACAAACCAGCAAUAUUUAAAGUGUCUUUUAAACUUUUUGGUGAGAUCAAACGUCUCAUUUAAGUAUUCUUGAAGGACCUUUUUAAAAAUGUUGAGUCGCAACAGGUUUUUACUGUUUUAAUGUUAAUAGUAGGUAACUUGCAGACUAAUAGAACUUUGCCUACCCAAAGAAUGUAUUUAACAUUACAGUGUCACUUUGAUUAUUUGACAGUAUUAUCUUUAAAGUGCACUAGCCAACUCACUAUUAGCUUCUUUUUUUGUAUGAAAUGUGUUUGACAAAAUGCAGUGUAUGAAAUUAAAGUGUUUAAAAUAAAAU